AUGGGAUUAUUGGAUCACGUUAGUUCUGCUGUGAACAAGACAGGCCUUCCCGGCCAUGCGAAGCCUGGGAAAGACGACCAUCCGCCAGAAGGCGCGAAUGCGAACGAUACGGAGGAGCUUGAUGAGGAGUCUGGCAAUAUUUUGCUGAGCCUUAUAAGUCAGCUGCGCAUCGGCAUGGACCUGAGCAAGGUGACGCUGCCCACCUUUGUCUUGGAGCCGCGUAGUAUGCUGGAACGCAUCACUGACUUUUUAAGCCAUCCCGAUAUGCUCUUUGGCGCCGGUGCUUUGGCUACGCCCGAGGAGCGUUUUGUUGCGGUGCUGGGCUACUACCUGUCCGGAUGGCACAUCAAGCCAAAGGGCGUAAAGAAGCCGUACAACCCAGUUCUGGGAGAAUUUUUCCGCUGCACCUACACCUACUCGAAUGGUACCAAAGGCUACUACGUUGCCGAGCAAGUGUCGCACCAUCCGCCGAUUAGCGCGUACUACUUUGUCUCGGAAGAAAACAAUGUCCUCAUCUACGGCGAGCUGCGACCCAAGAGCAAGUUUUUGGGCAAUUCUGCUGCUACGCUUAUGGGUGGCCAUAGCCACGUUGUUCUUUUGGACCAGCCGCACGACGGAGAGUACCUGAUUAGUAUGCCGAAUAUGUAUGCACGCGGCAUCAUGUUUGGUAAGAUGGUGCUCGAAUUGGGCGACUCCAGUAUGAUUGAAAACAAGACUAAUAACGUGCACUGCGAUGUGGAAUUUAAAGUGAAAGGCUACUUUACCGGCACCUACAAUGCAAUCAGCGGCAAAGUUAUGCACGGCAGCAAGACCAUCGGCGACUUGUCUGGAAAGUGGAGCGGCGCCAUGGAAUACAAGGAUUCGCAAACGGGAGAGAGCAAGAUUCUCUUUGAUGCCCACAACGCAACCAACGCACAAAAAGAGGUGCUUCCGCUCGAUCAACAAGAGCCGUUCGAGUCCAGGCGCCUCUGGAUGCAAGUGACCGAAGGUAUCAGGCAACGGGAUAUGCAUAUGGCGACGGAUGCCAAGACCCAGAUUGAAGAUGCGCAGCGCCAAUCGACGCGUCAUCGCGAGGAGAGCGGCCAGACGUGGAAGCCGCGUUUCUUUGUGCUCCACAAUGACAGCCACCUCCCCAACCUGGAAGCGCUUCCUGACACGUACCGCACUCCUAAGGUUGCUUCGUACUUUUCAAAGUUCCAGUAG